AUGAAUGCCGAAGACCUGCUUAAACGGCAAGUUAGAGCUGUGGCCGCUCAAGAGAUCCAAGCAGUUGAAGGCAAAAGUGUUAGUUUGCCAUGCGAUGUGGUUCCACCUGGCCACGAUACAGUCUACAUGGUCCUCUGGUUCAAACAAGGGUCUGGAUACCCUAUUUACAGUGUGGAUGGCAGGGGCAAGUCCAUCUUCCAGGCAAGACACUGGUCAGCUCCAGCUGUGUUUGGGACGAGAGCAAGCUUUAAAACGAGCACUGAACCUGCUGAAUUGGUGGUGGAAGAUGUGCAGCGUCGCGACGAAGGCGUCUAUAGAUGUCGAGUGGAUUUUCGGAAUCAGCAAACCAGAAGCAUUCGAUACAAUCUAACCAUAAUCGAUCCUCCAAUUGUCCAUCUGAGCCUGGGCAGUACUCUAAAUGCUGACGAUAUCAAAGAGGGAGAUGAUGUGUACUUUGAGUGCAAAGUGCGAGCGAAUCCACCAAUGAGACGCCUGACUUGGUUGCAUAAUGACAUCGUAUUGCUUCACAACAUGUCCAGCCGGAUCAUUCACAGCAACCAGAGUCUGGUCUUGCAGAAAGUGACUAAACAAAGUGCAGGCAUUUACAGAUGCUCGGUGGUCAAUUCCGAAGGAGAAACCGUCAGCAAUGAGCUACACUUUAGAGUGCAAUACGCUCCCACAUGCAAAAAUGAUAAGAUUAUGGUGGUUGGAGCUUCGCGCGGUGAAACCAUCGAUGUGAUUUGCCAAAUUGAGUCUGAUCCACCAGCAAAGAGUUACAAAUGGAAAUUCAAUAAUUCCGGAGAAACUAUCGACAUGGAAGCGGAACGGUUCGCAAGCAGCAACGGCACCCUUAGCAUCCUGAAAUAUACGCCAAUAGCAGAGCUGGAUUACGGUUCUUUGUCCUGCUGGGCAGCAAACGACGUGGGAACCCAAGUUAAUCCCUGCGUUUUUCAAUUAGUUGCCGCUGGAAAGCCACUCGCAGUGAAAAAUUGCACUCUGACGAACCAAACGAGCAGCUCAGUGGAAAUCUACUGUCUGCCGGGUUUUGAUGGUGGUUUACCGCAGCAUUUCCUGCUGGAACUCUAUACCGAAAAUUCGCUAAUUCCGCGCUACAAUGUUACCGCUUUUGCUGAACCGUAUUUUUUCCUGGAUAAUCUGGAAACCGACGUUAUCUUCAGGAUGGUGGUGUUUGCAGUCAACUCUAAGGGCAAAAGCAACGGCGUUGUUCUUGAAGAGAUUACCUUUAGGGAUGCGGAGAAACGAACAGGCAAGUUGUUCAUUUACCGUAAAAAGUGGGUAUUUUUACGAUGUAUGGCAAUGGCAACUGGAGCUUUAUAGCACAACCGGUUGGCUAAAUAUGGGCCAAAGGCUAGGGGCGGUUUUAGCGAUCGGCGCUAAUUUUCAAU